CUCAGACGCGAGUGUUGGGUCUGAGCCAGUGGCGGAGGCGGAGUCAGGGGCUGAGGCAAAGCCCUCCUCCGCAAUUGUGUCCACGAACCCUAGACCUGAAGAUUAUCUAACGGAACUGGGAUUGGAGACGAAUGAUAAAAUGACACUAUCUGGUUAGUCAGUUUAGAAUCUCAUUGAUAGAAUUUUCUAGGAUUUUAUUAUAUCAUGCUAGGUUUCUUUCCUUUCUCAGUUCAUAAGUUUGUACAGUUGUAAAUGAGUUUUUUUUUUUCAAAUCUAGAUAUGCAAUGUCAAGGAUUUAGAUUUUGUGACUUAUUGGUAAUUUUUAUAAAAACUUGAAAGCUGUUAUCUAAUUCCAACAAUGUGAUUUUUCUCUACCAUGGUCUCUUGUUCAUCAUCGUCCAUCUGGGAGAAAAACAUGGCAUGAGAUAAGAUAUUGGCACUGAAUGAUGUCAUACUUUAAUUUGAGAAUAUCAUUCAGUGCCAAUAUCCGUUUUCAGUGUGUGGAGGGAGAAAAUAUUGAUACCAGGGAAAAUUGCCCACCUCAUGUUUUGCAAGUUACUGAGGAAGAUCUUAGAAAAUUACGGCUGGUAGAGACAAGUUCAAGUGAAUUCAACUUUUCAAUAGUUUCAGAGCUCAUAGCAAAGCAACACUGGUCUGAGCUCAAAACCCAUAUUAUAGACAUGAAUCCCAUCAAGUUUCUUCAUCAUUUGUUUGAAUCAGAAAUUGAUCCAGACCUCAUUUUGAGGUACUUCGAUUGGUCCCAGAAAGAGCUUAAUGUUUCAUAUACACUUGACCUGACUUGUAGACUCUUACAUUCACUAGCACGUGCCCAAAAAUAUUCAAGGAUUAGAGCUUUCUUAGAUAGGUUUGUAAAGAAGAAUAAGGAACACUCAAACUUCACAAUAUUUCACUCUUUGUCACUGUAUGACAACUGUUUUCACAUAAAUUCAAUCAUUGUUGAUAUGUUGGUAUGGGGAUAUUCUAAAAAUUUGAAGACCCAAUUGGCUGUUGAGGCUUUUCAAAGAGCCGGUGAUUAUGGGUUCAAGUUAUCUUUGUUUACAUGUAAUCCCUUGUUAUCUUCCUUGGUUAAAGAGAAUAAAAUUGGGUAUGUCGAGUACGUGUACAAGGAGAUGAUUAAGAGAAAGAUUAAGGUCGAUUUGUAUACUUUCAACAUAGUGAUUAAAGGGUUGUCUAAAGUUGGGAAAUUGAAUAAAGCUAGAGAUCUCACCAAGGAUAUGAAGGCCUUUGGAAUUUUGCCAGAUGCGAUUACAUAUAAUACAAUAAUUCAUGGAUAUUGCAAGAUGGGAAAGUCAGGAAUGAUGUAUAAAGCUGAUGCUGUUUUGAAGGAAAUGGUCGCUAAUAAAAUUUGCCCCUGUCAAAUUACCUACAAUAUAUUGAUUGAUGGAUUCUGUAAAGAUGGGAAUGUAUUGGCUGCGUUAAAAUUGUUUGAAGAAAUGAAAAGGAAGGAUCUGAAACCCAAUGAUAUUACCUACAACAUACUGAUUAACGGACUAUGUAUGGAAGGGAAGCUUGAAGAGGCUUGUGCUUUGAGGGAUGAAAUGGUUGGUUUCAGCCUGAAGCCGAAUGUUGUUACUUACAAUGCACUCAUCAAUGGAUUUUGCAAGAAGAAAAUGAUCAAGGAAGCUAUUGAGUUGUUUGAUGAUAUCAUAAGUCAGGGCUUAUCCCCGAAUGUUAUAACUUACAACACUUUAAUUGAUGCAUACUGUAAGAAUGGGAUGAUGGACAAAGCAUUUCUCUUACUCAGUACAAUGCUGGAAAAAGGAGUUUUCCCUAAUGUUUCAACUUAUAACUCCGUAAUUGCUUGUUUUUGUAGACAAGGGAACAUGGAAAAAGCAAGACAGCUUUUAGAUGAUAUGCAGGAGAAGGAUCUAAAAGCUGAUUCCAUAACAUAUAGCAUACUAAUGGAUGGACUUUGUAAGAAAGGGGAGACAGGAAACGCUAGAAGAAUGUUGAAUGACAUGUUGAAGGCAGGUUUGAAUUUGACUCAUUUGAUAUACAAUAUACUGAUAGAUGGCUACUGCAGAGAAGGUAGCAUGGGGGCUGCACUGAAUGCAAGAGCGCAGAUGGAAAAAGACGGUAAGCGGGCGAAUAUAGUAACUUAUAAUGUGUUGAUCAGGGGAUACUGUGAGAAGGGCAUGCUUGAGGAUGCAAAUGAGCUUCUUAAUGAGAUGUUGGAGAAGGGUUUAGUCCCAAACCGAACUACUUACGAUAUUGUAAGAGAGGAAAUGAUGGAGAAGGGUUUUUGUCCUGAUAUAGCAGGACAUCUUAGUUAUGUCUCCUCUGGCAGCUGAAGAUUGGAAAUGGGAGCUUAGUUUCAUUUAUAGUCACCAUGUCUGUUUUAAAAAUCCCUCAAAAACUGAAAGAGCAGAACAAGAUUGGCUUACUUCAGAAUUGUAGCGAGUGAGAGAGAGCAGUUAUGGGGAUAAUUGGGUCAAAUUCAAGUGAGGGAGCUCAGUCGACAAUGACACCAUAUUGGGAGGAUAACAAAAAGGAGUGAGCUUUGCUCAAAAAAAAAAAAAAAAAAAAAAAAAAAAAAGGGGGAGUGAGCUUGACCCAUUAAGCGAUGCUAUGACUGAAAGAGUGUAUAGAAUUAAUAUUGCAAAUAUAUAUAAAUGUGGUUUCCCUAUAAUAUCCAGAACGAACUUUGAUUU